UUUCAAAUUUAAUUUAAUUUAUUGAAAUAAAAAGUUUUAAGUAUUGUAGUUAUUGAACUUGACAAAAAUCGUAGUUUUCAGCUAUGGUUUUUAUAGCCGUAUGGUAAAGGUUGUAAAACUCCUUUUCAUAUCAUAAUUAUUUUGUUAUUUUAUGUUAUCAUGGUAUAUUAUCAAUUGAAUUUGGUUUAGUUUGUUAUUAUUUUUUUUAUCGGUUUAAUGUUUAUUGUGAAAGAAAAUAAUUUUAAUUUUAACCAUUUUUUCUGUUUUUGUCUAUUUGAUUUAUAUUUAUUGUAACUUGUAGAAUUAUUCUGGUUUUUAUUAGAUAUAAGUUUGUGUAACAAUAUGGACGUUGAUACAGAUUCGUCUUCAUCUUCAUCUUCGGAUAGUCAUGAUGAAGAGUUGGAAAAGUUUAAACAAGAUGAAUUGAAAAAAAAGAUUGAUGCCUUAGAAAACAAGGUGAACUUUGAUUAUUAGUUUACCUGAUGUAGUGGUGUAAUUCGAUUUUUACAUUUAAAUAUUAAAUUGUUUUAUUUAUAAUACUGAAAUUUAUAUUUUACUGCACAAAUUAAUUUUCAUAGUUAAUGAUGUGUAUAUUUUUAGAUUAUAACUAAUCCUUCUGACUAUGAUGCACAUGUGGAACUAAUAGGAAUACUUCGAAAUGCAAAUGAUUUUGAUUCACUGCGUAUAGCUAGAAAACGGUUAAAUGAGAAGUAUCCUUUGAGUCCAGGUAUGUUACUUCCACUGUUAAUGUUUACUAAUUAUUAUUUAUUUUCUUAAUAUUUUUUUAGAUUUAUGGUUAGAUUGGGUAAAAGAUGAAAUUGGUAUUGCUACUACCGAUGAAGAAAAAGCGCACGUAACUGCAUUAUUCGAAAAAGGAGUGAAAGAUUAUUUAAGUAAUUUCAUAUUUAUAAUAUUCUCUUACUACAAGUUUUAUUUCACUACUUUUAAAUAUAUUGAAAAUUAUUUAGUAUACAAUGAAAGGAAAAUAUUAAUUUAGUUAAGUGUUUUUAUCUAAUCAUUAUUUAUUAUAUUUAAUAGUAUAGAAAACUAAUAUAAGUUAUAAAAUAAUUAUUGUUGAUUGUAACUGAUAGUAAAAUGACAUUGAAACUCUUUUGAACACAAUUACAUUUUACUUUAAUGGGUUCUAUAAUUUUUUAAUAAGAGAAAUUUGGCUGAUAUAAUGUUUAUUUUUGAUAUUUUCAAUGGGCAUGUUAUUUGUCAUGAAUUAUUUUCUUCCCAGAUCUUUAUGAUUAAUCAGUAAAAUCUCCUAUUCAUUAGUUUUUUUAAAUUCUACACCUGAUGAUUUUAAAAUUAAUACUUUAUUGUGUCCAAGAAAAUCCUUAUUAGAUUAUUCACUUGAUUUUAUAUUAUUAUUAUUGUAUGUAUCUUGGUUGUUGUCUUUUUUGUAUUCUAAUAUUCUGUAAAGGGCUACUGUUCAUUUAUCACUCCAUAAAUAAAUAAAAAGGAAAUAGGAAAUAAUGUUUUUGUCACUAAGUAAACUAAUUAAUAAUAACUAAUAAAUAAAUUAUAAUUAAAUUAUUAGUCUUGAGUAUAAAAAAGUUUUUGUUACAAUUAAUAUGGUUUUUAUUAAGUAGUGUAUGUCAUUUAUCUCUCACUUAGUUGCAAAUGUUGGAUUACUGUUUUCUCUAAACUAUUAAUUAUGCCCUAAAAAAUAUCCCCAUUGAUUUUCAAUCUAAUCAGUGAAAAUUGGGGGCUUACAAUAUUUUGAUAUCUUGGUUUGAAACAAUUUUUUUUUUAAUUUUAAAAAAGUGCUAAUUUUUAAUUUAUUGGCUAUACAUACAUUUUUUAUUUACAGGUAUUGAUUUAUGGUUAGAAUUUCUACAAUUCAGUAUUGGUUGCAUGUCUGAUACUACUGGAACUGAUAAAGUACGAGAAUUAAUGGAACGUGCAUUACAAGCUGGUAGUCUACAUGUAACUAAUGGAAAUUUUCUUUUUGAAGUAUACAUUGAAUUUGAAAAGUUAAUUUUAAUGACCCUAAAGGUUAAUAAAUAACAAUAUUUUUGUAAUUAAUGUAUUUAAUUUGUACAAAUAAAAUAUUGUAUGGUAUAUUAUGUUUAGCAAGAUACUGAUGAAAAAGCUAUACAAAAUGAAAAAGCUAUACAAAAUGAAAAAGCUAUAAAUGAUCAAAAAUGCUGUAUUAAUAAUUUGUUCCGUCGACAACUUUCUGUGCCUUUAUUUAACAUGGAAAAUACAUAUGCAGAGUAUCAACAAUGGUUGGCUUUAGAAAAUGUGGAAAAAGAUAAAUCAGUUGAGAAUUGUUAUAAUAAAGCUCUUAGUAAAUUACAAAAAAUUCAAGUUUUUGAAGAUCGAUUAGUAAGUGUCUUACUUAUUAAAGAAUAAUUUUAUUUUUGAGUGGACGGGAAUAAUGUACUAUGUAACAAUUAGUAAACUGUUCAGUGUCAAACAAAAACAAAAAAUAUAUUAUAUACAUUUAUAUGGAUUAUAUAUGUUUAUACAUGAUGAUUAUGUAUGAUAAGAACAUUCUGAGAAUUUUAAAAAUUUGUAAAGAUUGUUUUAUAACACAUUAUUUCACAAUAAAAACAAAAUUCAAAACAAUGUUACAUACCGCAUUACCAUCCACCCUUCAAUUAUUAUACUAUAUUAUUUAUUAAAUUUAACACCUUUUAUUAUCUCAUUUUAUGUUUACAAUAAAAAAAAUAGAACUAUAAUAAUUUAUUUUGAUUUAUUCAGUUAUCAAAAGAAUCUAAAAAUCGACAAGAUUUAUAUGAAGAAUAUAUAAAUUGGGAAAAAAAUCCUAAAGAAGGUGGAAAUAAGCCAAACCGAAUUCUGUGCUUGUAUGAACGCGCUAUUGCCGAUAUACCUUUGUCAGAAUCACUUUGGGUUGAUUUUAUUGACUACAUUGCCAAAACAAUAAAAGAUGUUGAUUAUAUCUUAGAAACAUGUAAGAGAUCUGUGGCUAAUUGUUCUUGGUCUUUAGAACUUUGGAUAACUUAUUUAACACAAGCUGAAGCUUAUAACCAAUCGCAUGAAGAUAUUACAGGUUAAUUAUAAAUUUAUAUUUAAAAAUUAUAGAUUUCGGUAUUAACUAGUAACUACUAGGAUUUAUAUAUAAUAUAUAUGUACAUAUCUGAUUUGAUGCAACCAGAUUAAUUAAAAAAAAAAAAACUGUUCAAUAGUUAAGGAUUUAAAGUUUAGACAUUUUUGAAAAUCAAUUUUUUUUUUUCAAAUUUUAAUCAACAAUUUUAAAAUUUUAUUUUUUUCAAUUUCCAAUUAAAUUUCUUUCAACUUUUUUUCUUAAUAUUGGUUCUUGUAGAUAUAUACUUCAAUAGAUAUACAAAAUGACUAAAUGAGAACUAUGUUGAUUGUUGGAGAAGGACUUUAAGAGAUGUUUAAUCCUGGGUGCUAACUUACUUAUAAUUAGACAAAAAUUGUAGAAUUUUUUAGGUACAAGUGUAAGAUUGUAAUUUAGUGUUAAUAAUUUGUAGAAUUGUUUCAUUGUUUAAUUUUCAAAACCCCUUUAAUUUUAGCUAUUAUGGAAAAGGCAUUAUGUUCGUGGUUCAGUUCACCAACAGAAUAUCGUUCUCUAUAUCUUUCAUAUAUUUAUUAUUUGAGACGACGUCUUAACCAUGAUUUAGACGCGGAAACUAAAAUAAAGCGAAUUCAAGAUAUAAGGUCAAUGUUAGAACAGGGACAAAAAUUUCUUUUUGGAAGUAUGUAUAGUACAUAUUUUAAUAAAUAAAUAAUAUACUAUUAGUUGUUCAAUAAAUAAAUUAAAGUACAAUAAAAUUAAUUUUAAGGUUAUGGCUGUUCUGGAGAUCCAAAUUGUGAGUUACUUUUAUGGUGGACUGAAUUUGAAGCUAUAAUAACUGGGGAUAUGGAACGUGUGCGGACACUAUGGAAUGAAAUUUUAAAUUAUGGUCUUAAUCAAUAUUCUUCAUACUGGAUGAAAUACAUAAAUAUUGAAAUGUAUGUAUAUAUUGUGGUAAAACAUUAAAAUAAUGUUAUAGCAGAAAUUGAAAAUCUGUCAAGAUUAUAUAUUUUAAUUAAUUAUUAACUCAACAUAUUAAUAUUUAUUAAUUUUUUUAGACAAUUUGGAGAUCAAAAACAUGUGCGUAAAAUAUUUUCUCGGGCUUUAAUGACAAAUACAGAUUCACCUGAAAUAAUUGGAACUGAAUGGAUGAAAUAUGAAACAUUAUAUGGUGAUUUAGACUCUUUUUCAAUUUGUAAAGAAAAAUAUAAAAUUAGGUAUGUAUUUGUUGCUAUCUAACUUUUGAGUAAUAUAUUUAAAUUGUUAAAUUUUUGGUUCUAAAUUUAGUUAGGAAGUUACCAUAUUUUUAUUGCUAUAAAGUAAAUAUGAUUUAACAGUUGUAAAUGUAAAAAUCUAUCCUAGGAUAAUGGAGACGGGAACAGUCACUGUUGUAGGUAGGAAGGUAGGAUAUAGGCUGGAAUUAAAUGUAUAUCUGUAAGCAUUGAUAAACCAUUGCUAACAAAAAAAUGAUUCUGAGAAAAGUAAUGUUGAUAGAGUUGCUUUGUAAACAAUAUAUACCUAUGUCAUAUUAUGGUAAAAUAAUUACAUAUGCAUUAAACAUUUUUUUUUAGUAAUAUUUGUUUAAUAUUAUCCCUGUUUUCCCGUUUUCCCGUUUUUUCCCAUGUUUUUCCCAUUUACUAAGAAAACUCCUUGGAAAAUCAAAAAUGACAUUUUUAAAGUACCACCCCAGUCAGAUUUCCUUUCAGAAAAAAUCCUACACUUGUAUAUCGGGGUAAGAUUUCUUGUAGACAAAUUAAAAAUUGUUUACAGAUUAAAAAUAAAUAUCAUUGUAAAACCUCACUCCACUCAGAAUCUAAAAUAUAAGCAUAUAAUUAAUUAUAUUUUGGUAGUUUUGCUAGUAUUAAAAAAACACAGAAAAUCUUAUUUAAUAAUAGAAUUUUAAAGGUUGUGUAUAAUUAUUAUUCGUGGUGUAGUGGAGUAUUUAAAAUGUUUAAUUAUUUAUUUUAAUAGUUUGUUAGUCUUGUGUCAAUCAGCUUAAAUUAUUUUUUCUGUCUAGUAAUUAAUCAUUUUUAUGAUCACAUCAUUUGGAUUGAAGAAAAGGUAUAUCCAUUUACAUUGAGCCUCCAUCAUUGAGCAUUCCUAUAAGUGUUUUUUCCUGAAAGCUUCCACAUUCCUAAAGGUCACUAACUUCGUUUUUUACAUUUUACUAAGUAUUUAUUCUGGCUAUCCCUGCUCCCAGCUAAUUAAGUGUUUUCUGUGUCUCAUAUUUUAAAUUUUGUCCUGGUGGUAGGCUUUCUAUCACCCGUGUCCAUAUCGGUUUAUUAGUUUGUAAUAAAUAUUUCUUUCUUUUCACAUAUUCUAUCUUUCUUGGUAUGUAAUCAAAAAAUCUUCUUUGAAACUCUUGAAACUAUCCCAAUUUGAGGUGUUUUGCUGCAGCUGCAUACUCGUACAGUGGUAUCUUGAAUCUUGGUUACAUUUUUAUCUUUUAAUUUCGGUUAUCGUUGUCUUGCGUAUAUCAGGGGUUACUGUAUAACUUGGGGCAGAGGUCGCUGACCUUUUUCAACAUUCAAAAUUUUUAGUCUCGAUUUAGACUGAGAAGAUCAAAAUCUAUUUUAUUAUCUGAUUACAAUGUGAUCAAUUGAUAAUUAGAAAAGUAAUUUUUAUUAUGAUCAACCUAUAUUUCUAAAAAAAUCAACUGAUUAGCAACCCCUGACUUAGUGUGUGAAGUUUACAUACUGCUAUUAGUCUGAGGUAUCCUAUUAUUAUUCUACAGGACUUUUUGAGUGUUAUAUCAAUAUUUUUCGCAGUUUACCAAACUGGGCAUGUGUAUUCGGCGGCUGAUUAGCUUAGUGCUAUUGCUGAGACACCUUAGAAUUUACAAGUUUCCAUAAUAUAUUGUUCUUGUUUCUGACUUUGGUUCGAAUGUUCUAACAGUGUUUCUUUCUUAAAAGUUAGUGAUUUUUCCAGCAUUACACCUAGGUACUUAGGACAUUUUGAUUGUUCUGAAUUUAUACCUUCCCAUCUUUCAUUUUUCCCACUCUUUUCUAUUUUUUCAAAUGUGUCUUGUUGGGAGAAAACUGCUAGGUCAUCUGCAUACAGGAAAUAUCUUGUAUAUUAAGAAGAGUUGGUCUUAACAUGCUAACCUUUAGUAGACCACUGUGUUGGUUUCGACAUUAAUUUUUUUUAUCUUGUAGACUAUUAUAAAAACCUCUUCUAUUUAGGAAUAUUCUAAUUAUUCUGAUGAAUUUUAUGUUAAAAGUUAGUUUGUUAACCUUUUGUUUCAGUUUCCUGAGAUUUAUUAUGCUAUAAGCUGUACUCAGAUCUACAAAACAGCUCUUGUAAUUUUUUUUUGCCUCAAAAUCAUCCUCUAUGUGAUAUGUUAAGUGUAAUACCUGACUUGUAUAACUCUUUCAUGGUCUUUCUUUCAUUGAUUUUGGUGUGCCUUUUAAUAGUGGUAAUAUAGAAUACCUUAUGUAAAAAUUUAUAGUAGCUUUUAAAUUAAAAAUAAUAAUACAAUAUUGAAAUAAACCUAGGUAAAUACAGUGUUAGAGAAUCUAAAUGUCUCCUGUGCCACUCAAUAAAUAAAUAAAAAAAUAAAAAGUUAUUUACCCUUUUUUAGAUUCUGAACAUAGCAAGUAACAUAAUAUUGGUUUUACUAUAAUAUGUGUUUUGGUUUUGUUUCUACCAAAAAGCUUCUCCUGAUCAUAAAUUUCAGGCAUGAUUUAUGGAAUCCAAUUUUAGAAUUUUAGAACUAGUUGGUGUAUUAGCAAGGUCAUUUUUGGAUUUGUAUUAUAAUUUUUACAGUGAUUGAAAAAAAAAACCAGGAAGAUUCAGUAAUAAUAUUUUCUGUUAUUUUGAUUUUUUUUUUUUUUUUAUUGGUAUACAGUUAAAAAUAAUUGUAGAGAUCAGAAAUGUUCCCCUAAUGCUUUGUAAUUAAAUUAAGGGGAACUGAAUGCCCUAACAAUUUUUUUUUUUUAUUAAUCGUAGAGUAGCCUUACUAAUAAUUCACAGGUUAGGUUAUGGUUAAGUUCAAUAUAAAAGGUGCUUAAGUUCUCCUUCACUUUUCUGUUCAAACAUUGAAUAAUUAUAUUAGUCUUUUCUAAAUGUGUCAUAAUUUUAAUUACUACUUUAUAAAACAUGGUGCAAUUUGUAAUCAUUCAGUGGACUUUUGAGCUAUUUAUAGCUAUUUAAAAUUGUCAAGUUUUUUUUUAGUUUUUAUUUGGUUUUAUGUAGAUAAAUUGUUUUUGCUUCCAAAAAAUACUGAACAUUUUGUAUUAUGGGUCAUUAUAAAAUGUUCUUAUGGUACCAUACAAAUUUUGAGAAUCCAUAAAUACUUUUUUUUUUAUAAGUUAAAAGUUCAAAUUCUGGAAAUGCAUAUUAGUUAAAUAUAUAUAUAUAUUUUUUUUAUUAGAAUAAAGCAAAUACAAGAAUUACAAGAGAAUAAACAAAAAUACGAAAAUAAGGUAGAAACCAAAGAUAAAGAGGCAAAGAAAAGAAAAGUAAUUCAAUUAUUACUUGGUUUGAUAAUUAUUUAAUUGUGUAAUAUUAGUAUUAUAAUUAUUAAUUUAAUUUACUGCUUGUGAUUUAAUAUUAGUGGGAAGAACGUGAAUCAUCUAAUAAAUUUAAUGAAAAAUCAAAUGGAAACUUUAAAGUACCUUAUGCCAAAAAAGAUUUAAUAGAAAAAACUGAUGCUUCUCCUGUUAAAAAACUUAGAACAAGUAAUUAUUAGAACAAAUUAUUUUAUUUAUUGUUUUGAAGAAUGUAAAUUAGCAUUUUAUAUAAUUUUUAUUAUACUAGUUAUAGUAAUAAUUUAUCAUUAAUAAUAUAAAUAAUCAAUAUUAGUUUUAUUUUAAAAUUUAUGGAUAUUUUUAUCCUGGUAAACACUAAAAUUUAAAAACCCAAUCUAAUGUCAAUAUUAAUGUUGGCUGAUAGUGUUCAAAUGUAUGAUUAUUGAUAAUAGUAGUUAGUUGUAUGAUUUUCCUGAAAAUGUACUAAAUUUAUCAUUUAAUAUUUUAUUUUGUUUCUUAUUUUAUAAUAUAAACUUCAAAUAAAAGAUCUAAACAAUUAUGGUUAAUAUGAAAAAAAUAUAUAAAAAAAUGGGUAAAAUAUUAUUCUUAACCAAUAAAUAUUUUUCAUUGUGUUUUCAUUUUUUUUUUCUUACAGCUGAAAUGACCCUUGAUAAAGGUGGUCGUCAUUUAGAAGUUGAAGGUAAAGAAAAUCGUUCUAUAUUUGUGAGUAAUCUAGAUUUUGCAGUUACUGAAUUGGACGUGAAAGAUGCUUUAUCUUCAGUUGGCCAUUGUGAAGUUUUAUUAGUAAGAGAUUUCAAAGGCCGAUCUAAAGGAUUUGGUUAUGUGCUCUUUGAAAAGCCUGUGAGUACAAUAAUUUAUUAAUAAUAAAUCAAUAUUAUAUUUAGUUCUAAAUUGUUUCAAUAUUAUUAAAAUAUCACUUAUUACCUGGGUUUAAGAGUUAUAACACUUGUAAUCAUCAAAAAACACUUACAAAAAAAUGAAUUUGUAAGUCCUUUAAAAGCUUAAAAAGAUUAAGUGCUGAAAUAAGCACAUGAUAAAUAUUUAAAAAGAAAAAAAAAUCUAUUGAAAUAGAUAAAAAAAACACUUUCAAAUUUAUUAUUAGAAUUUUUUUUUUUUUGUUGUUGUUUACGCUCACAGAUUUUUAUUACCUCAUAUUCAAUAACCAAUGUAGAUAUGAUAAUAAAAUACAUUUAAUAAGAGUUGGAUAAUAGAGUUUUGAUUUUAAAUUAUUUAAAAAUCAUAGUUUACAUAAUCACAGUUGAAAAAAUGCAAAAAUAAAAUAUCAAGUACCAACAAUUUGUUUUAACUAUUUAAAAAGCAUUUUAAAAUUGUAAUGCAUAUAUGGUAUCAAUUUCUAUAACACUGUUACUUUAAAUUGGUACAUAAUUUGAACUCCUUUAAUAUUUUAUUUAAACAGUAGCCUAUAAUUUAAGUUUUAAAUUCUUUUAAAAAUGAUUAACUUCACCAAAACAUGAUUGAGUCAUGAAAAAUCAAUAUUAAAUAGGUUGAUAUGUUUGUUUUAUGUUAUCAACUUUUACUAUACAGGAAAUGGUUGCAGAAGCACUAAAGAAAGAUCGAGAGUUAGUUAAUAAUCGACCAAUGUUUGUUUCUAAAUGUGAGCCAGACAAACAAAUCAGAACUUCAGGAUUACGAUUCCCUACUCAGCUAGAAAAAAACAAAUUAUUUGUUAAAGGUAUAUUAUUUAUACGAUUAUACAUUGUUUUAAUUUCAUUCAAUAUUUAUACAAAUUAUAUAGAUACAUUCAUUAUUAUUAUUAUAGUACGUUAUUUAAUUAUACUACAACAUAUAUUAUUUAUAAUAGGAUUACCAUAUACCUAUACAAAAAUAGACAUUGAAAACAUUUUUAAACCAUAUGGAUCUUUGAAAGAUGUUCGUGUUGUCACAUUCAGGAAUGGUCACUCUAAAGGAUUAGCAUAUGUAGAUUUUGAAGAUGAGGUAACACAAUAUUAAUUCAAUCAGUAUUAUUCUAUAAACUUUAUAUUUUGUUGGAUAAAUAGAUAUCGGCUGCUCAAGCAUUGUUAAAAACUGACAAUAUGGUUGUUCAUGAUAAAACAAUAUCUGUAGCAUUAAGUCAACCACCAGAGCGUAAAAAUCCUUCAGAAAAUAAAAUACCAUACCCUCCUGUUGCAAAAUUUAGAUCACAAGUUCCAAGUUUAUUAAUAGGACGGUAAGUUUUUUUAUUAUGAUAUUUGAAAAAGUAUUGUAAUAUAUUUAUAUAUAUUUAGUCGUGAUCAUGCUCGCACAAAACUAUCCUUGACACCAAGUGUACUGCAAAAAAAAUCUUUGUUAACUGCUCCAUCAACAUCGACAUCUGGUAAUGAUAAAACUGCAUUAAGUAAUGAUGACUUCAGAAAAAUGUUACUGGGUAACAAAUAAAACUUAAU